AUGUCAUUGGAGGGUCGUUUGCCUCAAGGGGUGUUAUUGAAGAAGAUAUUCGAUGCGAUUAAGGAUAUGGUUACAGAUGUGAAUUUGGACUGCAGUGAGGCAGGCAUUGCUUUGCAGGCGAUGGAUACGAGUCAUGUGGCUUUGGUUAUGUUGUGUUUAAAGUCUGGUGCUUUUGACCAUUACCAAUGUAGUAGGAGUCGGUCAUUGGGUCUGAAUAUGAUUCAGGUGAGUAAGAUUUUUAAGUUGUGCGGUAAUGAAGAUCAGGUUAUCAUUCGAAAUGUUGACGACCAAGAUCGGGUGUCUUUUGUGUUCGAAUCUUACGAUCGCGUAGCCGACUUUGAAUUAAGGCUGAUGCAAUUCGAUCAAGACCAUUUGGGGGUUCCGGAAACUGAAUUUUCAGCGACCGUAAGUAUGCCAUCGAAGUUGUUCGCCAAGAAUAUCACUGACCUCCAAACCUUUAGUGACACUAUUGGCCUAGAAGUCACUCCUAAGACUAUCAAAUUCUCAGCGAGAGAAGAUUUCGGUGCCGCCAAUACACUUCUUAAAGCCAGGUCAGAUGGAGUAGACAUUCAGUGCGACGAAUCAAGCGUACAACUAAACUUCGCCUCGCGAUACCUUGGCUAUUUUGCCAAAGCUGCAACCCUAGCAGAUAAUGUACGCUUCCGCAUCUCACCUGGCCAACCACUAGAGGUCCAGUAUAACCUCAAUGACGACCCCCACGUCGGUUACAUCAAGUUCUAUCUUGCACCCAAAAUGGACGACUCCAGCAUUUAA